AUGAAGCUCUCUCCUCGUUUGAUCUCAUCCAUUCCCCUAUUGUUCAUGCUCCUCAUUGCCACAGGGAUGGGGCCGGUCACGGUGGAGGCACGCACAUGUGAAACCAGUAGCACAUUGUUCAAUGGACCGUGUCUGAGCACAACCAAUUGCGCCAAUGUUUGCCAUAACGAAGGUUUCCCAGAUGGUGACUGCCGCGGAUUCCGUCGUCGCUGUUUAUGCACCAGACCAUGUUGA